UCUCUUACCCACUUAUCCAGAGGGACCUGCGUCAGGGAGCCGGUGCCCUGGUAGAGAUCCAGGCUGAGCUGCUCCAGGCUGAGUUUCUCCUGCAAGAAGUGGCCCAGGUACCUCUGCAGCAGGUACCUGCAGGCCCUCUUCUUGAUGGACUCCGAGAAAGGCCACGGCAUGAAUGGAGACUGAUUGCAAUCCUAUGGAGUUGCCCAAUAAUACGGGGUUUGAAGAGGAUUCUGAUUAUAGAGACUUCGAAGGAACAGAUGUGAAAGAUAUGAGACUAGAAGCUGAAGCUGUUGUGAAUGAUGUUCUGUUCGCUGUCAGCAACAUGUUUGUCUCAAAAACCCUUCCCUGUGCAGAGGAUGUGGCAUAUAUCAAUGUGGAAACCAGGGAAAGGAACAGAUACUGCCUGGAGCUUACUGAAGCAGGACUCAGGGUAGUAGCUUAUGAUUUCGAUCAGACUGAUGACAGUUUGCAAACUCCAUACCAUGAAACUGUCUACUCCUUAUUGGACUCGCUCAGCCCUGCCUAUCGAGAGGUGUUUGGAAAUGCAUUACUACAAAGACUAGAAGCUUUGAAGAAAGAAAGUCAGUCAUGAUUUACCCAGAAGUGAAGAUGUUUUAAUGCGUGAAGGAAUUCUUGCUAUGAGGCACUGAGAUUGUUCUUAAAAACAUAAUCACAAACAUUUUAAGCUUCAU